AUGAUCUCUGAGAAGGCUGCUACUGCUUUGGCCACUAUAGCAACAGUUUGCUGGUGUGUUCAGCUAAUUCCACAAAUCAUCUAUAAUUGGAAAAAAAAAGACUGUACUGGGCUACCACCAUUGAUGAUGUUUCUUUGGGUAGUUUCCGGGAUCCCAUUUGCCAUAUAUUUCUGUGUUAGUAAAGGUAAUGUCAUUUUACAAGUUCAACCACAUCUUUUUAUGUUCUUUUGUUCUAUAAGUUUUGUCCAAUCGUGCUAUUAUCCACCAAUAAGUAUGGCAAGAUCGAAAAUUUUGUUGAUUAUAGGUGUUAUUAUUGCGGCUGAUGUUGGUAUGGAAGUUGGCUUUAUAUUAUGGCUGAGACCCCUUUACGAGAAAGGUGUCAAGUGGCCCGAUCUAAUUUUUGGUAUUUCUGCAUCUGUCUUGUUAGCUGUUGGUUUGCUCCCACCCUACUUCGAAUUAGCCAAAAGAAAGGGUCGUGUUAUCGGUAUCAACUUUGCUUUCCUGUUCAUCGAUUCAUUGGGAGCUUGGUUAUCCAUUAUCAGUGUUAUCCUAGGUAAUAUGGAUAUCAUGGGUAUCAUAUUAUACUCCAUAGUUGCCGGAAUGGAAUUAGGGAUUUUUGUGUCUCACUUCAUAUGGUGGUGUAGGUUUAGAUUCCUUGCUAAGGGCAAUAUUUUUGACGAAGAAAGCAGCCAAACUCAAAAGGAAGAACAGGAUGAAAAAAUCGAACAAGAUAUUGGCAAGGAGGACCAAAAUGUUGCUAACUAUAACCUGGAUAAUUGUUCAAUCCUUGAUGAUGCUUCGAGCUUUGCAGACGAUUUGAAUGUACAUGAUAGUGCCGAUGGGGGGCCAUUAUCAAGAGCCCAAACUUUGCACGCUGUCCACGGAGUUGUGGUUAGAACAGAUCCUGAUUAUUAUUCGAGAUUAAGUGUGUAA